AUGGAGGAGCAAGCUAUGAAGAUUAAGUCUCUGUUCAUUUAUCCAAUCAAAUCUUGUCGUGGAAUCUCUGUCUCUCAGGCAACUGUAACUCAAACUGGAUUUCAAUGGGACCGGUAUUGGCUAGUUGUGAACUACAAAGGAAGAGCUUACACUCAAAAAGUUGAGCCUAAGCUUUCUCUUGUUGAAUCUGAGCUUCCUAAGGAGUCUUUCUUGGAAGACUGGGAGCCAACAAAGAAUUCGUUUUUGGUGGUAAGAGCUCCUGGCAUGAGUCCUUUAAAGAUACCAUUGACUAAACCUAGCUCGGUCGCACAAGGUGUGUCCAUGUGGGAAUGGUCUGGCUCUGCGUUUGAUGAAGGAGAAGAAGCUGCUAAAUGGUUUUCAGAUUAUCUUGGAAAACAAAGCCGUUUGGUUCGGUUUAAUAAAGAAACAGAAACUAGACCUACACCUCCGGAGUAUGCAGCUGGUUACACCACCACAUUUGCUAAUACAUUUCCGUUUAUGGUUUCCUCACAGGCUUCUCUGGACAUGCUGAAUACAAUUCUUACAGAACCGGUGCCUAUUAACCGUUUUAGACCCAACAUUCUUGUGGAGAAUUGUGAUCCUUUUGGUGAAGAUCUUUGGGAUGAGAUCAAGAUAAAUGAUUUAGUCUUCCAAGGAGUUAGGCUAUGCAGCCGCUGCAAGUUACCAACUGUGAAUCAAGAAACCGGAGUUCCAGAUGCAACUGAACCAAUUGAAACUCUGACGAAAUUUAGAUCAGACAAAGACUUGAUGCCACACAAAAAACCGCAUGGAAAGGUUUUCUUUGGUAAGGAUAUGGUUUGGAAUUGGAACAUAACCAACAACCAAGGCAAAGGCAACAAAACAAUCAAAGUUGGUGAUUCCAUCUCUGUCCUAAGGAUGAUCUCUUCCGUAUCUGAAGCAGCUGUUUAA